GUAUUCAGCGCUAGGUUUCGUUAGGUUUUCCGGCGCCAAUGUCUGCUGCAGUCCGUAGGUUAAAAAAGGAAUAUGAAACUCUUAUCAACUCAAGCAUCAAAAAUGUGAUUAGAAAUGUAACAUAUGAUGAACCAAACUUCUUAACAUGGACUGGAUUCAUAGUUUUGGACGAACCUCCCUAUAAUAAGGGUGCUUUCAAAAUUGAAAUCACUUUUCCUGUUGAAUAUCCUUUCAAACCUCCUAAGGUGAUAUUUAAAACACGCAUAUAUCAUCCAAAUAUUGAUGAGAAAGGUCAAAUAUGCCUACCAAUAAUUAACCCAGAAAACUGGAAACCUGCUACUAAAGUAGAACACGGUUGUUUUUUAUCUGCACUAUGUAGUACAUGCAAUAACUACAUAUGGCUGAUGAGUCGAAUUUAUGUAAUGUUUUGGCUAAAAUUAGAAAUUAUUCAAGCACUUGUUGCAAUGCUUCACGCACCGGAAGUUGAACAUGCUCUACGUUCAGAUUUAGCUGAAGAAUAUGCUAAGGAUCAAAAGAAAUUCUUCAAAAAUGCUGAAGAGUUUACACGGAAAUAUGCGGAGAAAAUUCCAAAUUUGUAAAUUCUGUAAUAACUAUUACAAAUUUUUGAUAAUCUCUUCAUGAUCACUUCAUCUUUUAUUUUCUUUCUUUUUCUUUGGUCCAAAGUGAAGUAUUUUUUUUUGUAACUUACACUAUUUCACUCGUAAUCAUGUUGUAUACACUGGCUUGUACACAGUUCAGCUGUAUGUUAGUUAGUGCCUGUAUUGUCAUUUUUCUUUUUGAUGUUAGGAAAGCUUUUGGCGAUGUUCAUUACAACAGUGUACAUCACCGACAAUAGGUAUAGAGUGAUUAAUACAUCACUGAUCUUCAAAAACAGUGAAAUGUCUAAAUAAAUUAACGUAUAAUUUCAUUUCAUUUAAAUCAUUAUUUCAAAUACUUCUCUUGAUACUACUAAUAUUUCAAAAUCUUUUGCUCUUCAAGCUUUUAUUAUAUUUUGACCAGUGCAUUAUGUUUCUUUAAAGUGCACAACAAUACUUGCAUAUACCAAUGAUAGGAAUGCAUAUAAUUCCAACUUAUUUCAUUGAAUUCAUAAUUCAAA